UCCUGCGGCGGAGUCUGACGGUGUCAUGAGGAGGUUUUAAUACCGAAAGUGUCCUCCGCGACGAGCGCCGCUGAAAUGGCCGCUGCGGCUACACAAGAAACACCCGCACUGAGCGCUGACAGCGACGCGACGCACGCAGAGACAAACGACGGCAACGGCGAGGAGGAGAACGAAAAGGGCCUCGCCGAACCGGAAACAGAGCAACCAGGCGGCAGCGUAGAGCCGAAAAUGGAAGAGGAGGACGCGGAGGCCGGUAAGGAGAAGCCCGCUGCGGCGGCAGACAAGGCCGCGAGCGAGGCGGUGACAGACGACGGUGCUGCCACGGUCAACCGGGAGGAGACAGCCGCUCCUGGAGAAGCAGAGCCGCGGCCAGAGGCACAGCAGAGCCCCGGGGACGGUAGCAACGAGACCAACGCAAUAAAAGAAGCCAAGGAGGAACCGGGGGAGGACAGCCGGUGUUCGGGGAUGGACUGCGAAAAGAGCAAAAGUGUUUGUGAAGAUGGUGAGAAACCCAGCGGAGGAGGAGGGGAGCUGGGAGACAAGAGGCGGCCGAGUGUGGAGAUCUCAUCCUCGGAUGGGGAACCGUUGAGCCGGAUGGACUCUGAGGACAGUAUCAGCAGUACCCUGAUGGAGAUGGAGAGCACAGUGUCCAGCGGACGCUCCACCCCUGCCAUGAUGAACGGACAGAGCAGUGCCGGCUCCUCCGGGACCAAGACGCUGGCUUACCCCUGUUGCUGGGACCUCUGUCCACAGUGCUUCAACUCUAGUCCUGAUCUGGCAGAGCAUAUCAGGGGAAUUCAUGUGGACGGGCAGAGAGGAGGGGUGUUUGUGUGUCUGUGGAAGGGCUGUAAGGUGUAUAACACACCGUCCACCAGUCAGAGUUGGCUCCAGAGACACAUGCUGACCCACAGUGGAGAUAAACCCUUCAAGUGUGUAGUUGGUGGCUGCAACGCCAGCUUUGCUUCCCAAGGAGGCCUGGCUCGCCAUGUUCCCAGUCACUUCAGCCAGCAGAGCUCCUCUAAAAUGUCCAGUCAGGCCAAACUCAAGGAGGAGUCGCCCUCCAAGGCUGGACUCAAUAAGAGGAAGAAACUCAAGAACAAACGCAGGUGCUCCUUACCGAGGCCCCACGACUUCUUUGAUGCCCAAACUAUGGAUGCAAUCCGCCACAGGGCCAUCUGUCUCAACCUCGCCACCCACAUUGAAAGUGUGGGCAACGGCCACAGUGUUGUGUUUCACAGUACGGUGCUAGCCAGAAGAAAAGAGGGAUCUGGCAAGGUGAAGGUUCUCCUGCACUGGACACCCGAAGACAUACUACCUGACGUGUGGGUGAAUGAAACCGAGCGAUCUCAGCUGAAGACUAAAGUGGUGCACUUAUCCCAGUUACCACAGGACACGGCUAUGCUGUUAGACCCAAACAUCUAUCGAGCACUUCCUCAAAAGCGACUGAAACGCAGCCUGUAAGGAAUCAUCUAUGGACUUGAUACUUAAGGGGAAAUCCUUGUUCAUGGGAGUUUUAUCUGUAUGGGAUGGGACGCUCUUCAUCUGUCUCUGCUGAACGGGGGGGAGUGAAGUGGCGAUAAAAGGAAGUAAAACUUGCCAUGCUGCAGUUCUCCUUUUUUUCCCUCCUCAGUUUUCUAUAUCUAAAAUGACUGUUGUAGCCACAUGUGGUGUAAAAUGGGACUGAAUAUUUUCUAUUAGUUUGUGUUCAUCAAAAAUUUAAAUGAAUGUUUUUUUUAACAAGCACCAAACUGAAAAUAUUCUUAAUACCCUAUAGUGUAAAAAAACUGUUUUGUGUAAGCUUGUCAGAUAAUACAGCAUAUUUUAUAACUGUUUUGUGUAAAAUAUUUAUCCAGAUUUGUAACUUAUUUUUAUACCAUGGAAACGCUGGUGUACUGUGGAUUUUUGUGAAGGUUUUGAAAAGAACCGUAUUUACUGUGAUAAUAUAUGUUAACUGUCACUUGUAGGGAUACUUGGAAAUUUUUAACUGUAAUUACAUUGUAGGUGAUGUAAGUCUUAACAAAUGAUCUUAUUUAUACUUAUUGAAUACAGUACUGUUAACUGUGUGUAUGACAAUGCAGUGUGAGGUUGUGCCAGUCAUGUCAAAGUUGUUUUCAGUGCGUUUCCAACUGUUAAAGGAGCAAUAACUCAGUAGUUCACAACACUACCGUGUAGCUCUUAAGCUGUCGACAGUACACCACAGAAUGACUGACAUCUCAACGGACAUUAAAAAAGUUUUAAUCACAUCAACUUACCUGUACUCCCACCAAUAACAUGAACUGUGUAUAUCAUAGUUAUUAUGAUAAAUUUACAUUACUGCUAUUUAAGCACUUAACAAUUAUUGUUUAAAAAGUUGUGUUUUCUACUCUAUAUGGUGUCCCUUUUUGGAAAGAAAAAAAUUGUGUUUGUAAUAAAAUCGGGGAAAUGACAGAAGUUGAAGAUCCUAACUUGUUUGUACAGAAGAGGACGCAUGGUGUUGAAAUGUUCUCAGAGGAGCAGUGCAUCCGUUGUGGUGUGAGUAUAGUAUGGGAUAUUAGUUCCUUAUGUGUGCGUUGGAUGGAUUGGCUGGGUUAUUUGGCGGCCAUUAACAGAACAGCUUUGGGAACACGCUGUGGAGGAGCUAAUGAGUGGGCCAGCAGGCCAGAGCUCCUGCCAGCCUCAGCUAUUGGUGAAUAUGCCUGCAGAGCAAACUGAGUUCAGGGAGAGGUCUGCUACAAUAUGGCCGUCCUGCUCUUCAGCAUUUCUUGCACUCGUGUGCUCACAUACAAAAUUCAUUUGGGACUCCAGCAUGGGAUAUAAUGAGGCUUUCAGGUGUUGUUCAGCUGUCUUAAGGAAGCAAGCACUGAAGGUUUGUUGGCACCAUGUUGUUUUUGUGUGCUUUGCUUAAUGCCUUCCUCAUCUCUGCAGUGGUGUGCAGGAACUUAUAGAACUGUUCGUUCAUAAAUGGUAACAGAUGAUUGAAAGAAAUACAGACAACACAUUUUGGGAUCAACACAAAGAUCCUUGUAGAGGCACCACUACACCAGCAUCUUGGGCUGUAACUCACAAACCCUUUGAUAAAUAAAGAAAUGUAUUUUUUCCUCUA